UAAAAGGAGUGAUAUCGUGUCGAUCUCGGUAUUUGGCCGCGAUGAUGAGGAGCGUUUGCAUCUUGGUAUUGUGCGCUGCGGCCUCGGCUGUUGCCGAGCAGGUGAACAUCACGGGCUUGGGCGUUGUUGAGGGCAUCACAUCGCACACAGCGUGGAACCACAGGACCAUCUACGAGUACAAAGGCAUCCAGUAUGCCCAAUCACCUAGUGGCGAAAGGAGAUUUAAGCCUCCAGUCAAGACUGAAGCUUGGGAUGACGUUUACGACGCGACCCAGUUUGGACAGGUGUGCCCGCAGCCUCAGGAGAGCAAUUCAGUUUUCAACUAUGAGAGAGCCGAGGGUGAAGCGGCCUACCAACAGAGCAGGUCGAAAGCGCUGGCUGCUGAUCCUGAGGACUGUCUCACUUUAAAUGUUUACACGCCAACCACCGACAAGAAUGCCAUGUUGCCCGUGCUUGUCUAUAUCCACGGCGGAUUCUUCCUGAUGGGUUCGCCCGCCAAUUACAACCCAAGCUACCUGCUGGAGCACGACGUCAUCCUGGUGACCAUUCAGCACCGUCUUGGCCCCUUGGGUUUCCUGUACCUCGACGACGCCGAGGCUCCCGGAAACGUGGCGCUGAUGGACCAGAUCAUGGCUCUCGAAUGGGUGCGAGACCACAUCUCCGAAUUCGGUGGCAACCCAGCCAAAGUCACUCUCGGCGGCCUUAGCGCCGGAGCGGGAAGCGCCAGCUUGCUGAUGUUCAGCGAGAAAGCAAACGACCUUUUCAGCCAGUUGAUGCUUCAGAGUGGAUCCGCCCUUGGUUUGUGGGUCAUCGACGACAGGGUUGGCGUCCAGGAUAGCUUGACCGUAGCCAAAUUCGCCGGCUGCGAUGACUCAUUGCCUGUUGCCGAUGUUGCCCAGUGCUUGAGAGAAAAGACACCUGAAGUGAUCAUUAAUGCAUAUUUGCAACAUUCAGCUGAGCAGCGCAAGAGUGGACGCCUCGGAACUGGCGGUUCAAUGCCCGUGAUUCAGAGCGCGGACAAAGGGUAUGAAACGGUGAUCACGGAGAGUCCACGCAAAACUCUUGCAAGUGGCACUUACCAAUCGAGACCCAUGCUCAUUGGAGUCAACAAGCACGAAGGACUUUACGUUUUGGAUUAUGUCUAUCAGGCUUACUUGCUAGCGAAUGACUUGGUUGGAGACACAGAUUUCCUAAAGAACGAUUUUGUCACUGUUUUGCUGAACGCUAUUUAUGUUAGAGAAAAUUCGCAGACUUUUGUUGACGCUGUGACCAGGCGUUAUUUGUCUCCAGACUCCCUUGGAGAUUUCAGCAUGAUGACUGAAGGCCUUGUCGAUCUCGUUGGAACCGAAUUCAUUAAAGGCCCUUGUUACAAGCUAGCAGAUCUGCACUCGGUGAACGAGGAGCACAUCUACAUGUACGGAUGGCACUACUACGGCACUGAAACGCUCAGAGUUACCAGCAACGAGACGGUUCCCCUAAAUGAACAAGGCAUCACCCACGGUGACGACACGAUUUACAUCUUCGCUAAAAAGACACUGAACUCGCCAGAUUCCGAAGCCGCCAAGCGCCUAGUGCAUGUAGCCGCAAACUUUAUCAGGAAGGGCUUACCGACGGCCCAGUGUGUUUCUGGCGUGCCCCCAUGGGAGGAAUUCAAGCGUGGAACCGCCUACUACAUGCAAUUUGGACAAGACGCUGUCACCCUCGAGUCCGAGUACAGGGAGAAGUUUACGGUGGCGCGUGAAGAGCACAUCACCGGCUCCUCCGCCAUCGCCAUCUCGUCUCCGAUUUUACUUGUCAUUUCGCUCAUCUAUUUGCUGUUCAAUUGGCUUUCAUCAUUUCCCCUCUGGAGUAUGGUUUCAGCUAGCUAUCUGCGCACCAGCAAAGCCUUAUAUAGCAAAGGCCUAGAGCGAAUCAUUCUGCUCGCGCACGUCGCAAUGGCAAAUCCGAAAAUCGUUUGCUUCCUCGCGCUGUCCGUCUUUGCCUUUUCUGAGGGUGCAGUGGUCGAAAUUCCAGGUUUGGGCAGGGUAGAAGGGACUGCCACCCUGACUAAAUGGUCGCUGCAGCAGGUUUUCGAGUUCAGGGCUAUCCCGUAUGCAAAGUCACCACGUGGAACUGGGCGGUUCAAGCACGCGGAAAAAAUUGAACCGUGGACUGAGACGAAGAAUGCAACCCAGUAUGGGCAGGCGUGCCCUCAGCCAGGGUACUCCGCUCCGGCAACGACCUUGUAUGGCCAAUUUUUGAGCCAUGACGAGGCAACCUUGGCGAGAAGGGCGACAGGAGAUCCAGAGGAUUGUCUCACGCUUGACGUGUACUCGAAAAGACUGGGCUCAUCACCAUCCGAUCUAAAACCCGUUUUCGUCGCAAUCCACGGAGGCUCCUUCCUCUACGGAAUGUCAUCCUCGCUGAAGCCAGGCUUUCUUUUGGACGAACACGACAUCGUCCUUGUUGUCCCUCAGUAUCGUCUCGGGCCUCUCGGCUUCCUGAACUUCCGCACCAGCGAAGCACCUGGCAACAUGGGCCUCUCUGACCUGGUGCUGGCCCUGGAGUGGGUGCGUGACAACAUCCGCCCCUUCGGGGGCGACCCUUCCAAGGUGACGAUCGGCGGCAACAGUGCCGGUGGAGCCAGCGCCAGCCACUUGAUGCUCUCCAGCAAGGCGCGUGGCCUCUUCCACCAAAUCAUCCCCCAGAGCGGCCCGGCCACCGCGUUCUGGGCCCUGGACAAGGUCAGCGACGACGUGCCGAGCACCGCCCUGGCCAACGAGGCAGGGUGCCAGGGCACGGCCUCGCAGCUGAUUGCCUGUCUCAAGCUCAAGUCAGAAACUGAAGUGAUGAUGGCCUACAUCAAAUAUGCGCAAAAAGAGUACUUCAAAGGCGAGCUUGGAAUGAAAAAUUCAAUGCCAGUGAUUGACGGAGAAGUAAUCGCAAAGGAUCCACUGAUUUCAUUAGAGAACGGAGAAUUUGAUGCGAUUCCCGCAUUGGUCACCAUUGUCAAGCACGAAGGCAUCUUCACCUUAGAUCUGAUCUUCCAGACUUUCCUAACGCCAAACAACUUUAUCUCAAAUGCUACAUACCUUCGAGAGGAUUUGAUUCCGGAUUAUUUGCGGCAGAUAGGCGUUAACGACUACACCAAAGUGUUGACUGAUGCAAUUUUGGCGAAGUAUAUCGAAGCAGCAGACAUCGGCAACUUCACAAAAAUGACCCCAGGCUUGAUAGAUUUUACUGGGGCUCUGUCGCACAAAGGGCCGUCGUUCACGCAGGCUCAUUCGCACGCGUCCAAAGCGAACACCUAUAUUCUAUCGUUUGACUAUUACGGUGAGCACACAACCCACGAUGACACUGAAACCAGCGUGCCUAUACCCGGAGGAAUCACGCACUCUGACGAGCUCAUCUAUCUGUACCCACGUGAAGGCAGAGACCUCAACGAAGAAGAUACUAAAAUCGCAAAGCUGAUGACCAAAAUUUUCGCCAAUUUCAUUAUUUCUGGAAACCCUUCCUCGACUCCACUGGAAGGCGUGCCCGAGUGGCCGCGCUUGACCGGCUUGCAGAGACACGUGAUGAGCAUCCGCAAUGGACAGCACAAGCUAAUUAGCGACUACAGGGAAACGUAUACAGUUGCCAGGGAUGAGGGACUGGUGUACACAAAUUCUGCCCACAAUGCCCAGUCGAUCGCUUUCUUGGCGUUGCUCGCUGCGGCCGCUGGUGCCUUGUUUCUUUAAUGAAUAUAUAAACUUAUAUUUCUUUUGAUGUAUACCAGUAUGAAUAAAAAAUUUCUGUGUCUGCCCUCA